AUGGAAGCAAACACCACCACUGAAGAAAAGCACGCCCCUGCUCAACCUGCUGUCACCACUGAAGUAAAUGAAGCAAAGCCAGCAAAAGAUCCUGGCCAAGUUGCAACUGGAAAAAAACUAGCAGAACACAAUACACGUGCUCGGAAAGCAAAAAAUCGAGCUAACGCUUGAAAUCAGCAGCAGCACCAGCUGAUUCUCCAACUGCCACAGUACAAAACAACAGCAACAACAUUUACCUCAUUCUUGGCGCUGGUGGUUUAAUUGUCUCUGCUUUGGGCAUCUGUUACCGGCAUGAAGCCAUCAUGUCAUCUUUGCGAGAAAAAAAAUGAAUCACUGAAACCCGAGGCAGACUUUUCAGGCCCUCUCGCCAGGAUUCCCAAAAGAGUCCACAUAAGAGAGAUGGAUUGAAAUUUUUUGACUUAAUAGAUAAGGAUGUCCGACAAGAAGCUUGUUAAAACUGUUGUCGAUGCAACAACCCUUACCUGCCUGGCUGCAGGCAUGGAGAAAAAAGCUGUUAAAGAAAACUUCACCUCUAACCCCAGCAACAAUACAAUGAACUACGUAAAGUUCACCGUCUUGAUGGUGGUAAACAUGGCUCUGAAGCAGUACCUCAAGGAUCAAAAAAUACUCCCACAAAACGCUUAAUUUUGAAAGGUUUGUGUAUAUAUAGUAUUGCAAGUGUUGCUAUUAUGGCUGGUGGUGCUAUUCUUAAUGCUGUUGCUUUCAUUGGCAGCAAUUAUCUUGCUCGCUUUCUCUCCAGGGAUUCCUCAAAGGCUCCCAUUGACGGAAAAAAAAGACAUGACGAAUCUUUUGGGGGUUACAAAGCCACUUACACCAAAUAUGAAAAAGAACGAACUAAGCUGCUUGACUGGAUCGAAACCCGCCACGAAAUCAAAGAGCAGGCCAAGCAGAAUUUCACAAACACCGGCUACGCUUUUAAACUGAACAACCAGGCCCACCAACAUGCGCCAAUUAUAAUGCCCAAGGAACAAAAGUUCUCUGACUUCUACCAAUUCCCUCUGCAAAAACAGGGGCGUUUUAAUUUUUUUUGACACAAGUGCUCUUCCGCUUGGAUACGCCGCUUUUUAUUUUCUAUAACAUCUCUUGUAGCCAAAACUCAUCAUCCAUACAUUUGAGCCUUUGCACAAUUUUUUUAUCAAAGAAAAUGAGCAACUCAUUCAUAACUUCUUUCAUUUCUUCUCUUGUCUCUGCAACUAUUUCCAAAAACAAAACUUUUUCUUGCAUUUCAGGAGACGACUGUCCCAGGGGCUUUCCAUUUUCAUGAUUUUUUCAAAUCUUAAUCUUCAUUAUAUUUUCAAGCUUUUGAAAGUCUACUACAGCCCUCAAGGAUACUGGAAAGGCCUUGCCGCAAUCAAAAAGCUCGCCGCUGCAGCAAGUCUCUGAUGAUGCUGCCAAAAAGUGGGUAAUAAAGCAAACCCUGGCAAAUUUAUCUUCCCGCGCCAAAGCGCAUUCCUGGCCCCAAAUUCGAUGUACCCAUGACAAAUGCAGUUCACCAAGCAGACCUUUUUUUAUCACAUGACAUUCAAGGGUAUGGUCAGGGCUGGAAGACUUACAAAUGUGCUUUGACAGUGGUCGAUGUCGCCAGCCAUUUCAAAGAAGCUGAACCAUUGACCUUGAAAGACUCUACUGAAGUUGCAAGCAGUUUUCAAAAAAAUUAUUUAUGCGUCCCUUUGAAAUGGCCACAGUGGCUUCAGGUUGACCCCGGCCGAGAAUUCAUGGGCACUGUCACUAAAGAAAUGGAAAAACAAAACCAAACAUUCCACAUGGGUGCCCUGAGCUCCCCUGUGAUUAGGCGAUCAUUGAAAGGUUUAACCGCACCCUUGAAGGGCGCCUGUUUGGCCACCAAUAUGCCAUUGAAAUGUGGCUUCCUGAAGGCCAACGGUCCACAGUUUGGGUAAAAAGGCUUGUGGAAGUAGUCUCUGUUCUGAAUGAUGAAGUCACGCGUCUCAUUGCCAAAAGACCCACCAAAGGCAUCAAAGAAGAAACCAUUGCUGCAAAACCCUCCACUCCUUAUCACAGACCUGUUGGGGCAAAUGAAAAGAAACUCCCCACCCUUGUCAAUGUAAGAUAUCUCUAUAAACCAGGUGAGCUGAAAGGCAGAGGGGUGGAGGUGAUAGAGCCACAGACCCUGCCUUGUCUUUAA